AAUAUGGACGACACCGUGAACGCUGUGCUGUAAAUCAAAACAUAACAAUAUUCAAAUGCGUUGUUUUGAAACGAAACUACUUUGACUGAAGACGCAGCGUUACAAAAACAAUCAAGAUGGAUGAGAGGUUGAAAUGGCUGGAGGGGAGGAUCAGCUCUUCCCUGAGACCCAGGAACGAGGAGCUUAAAAACAUGUUCCUCAAUGAUGAAAACAGGCUGGCAUUUUAUGAGUUUAUUAAUAAUGAGGAUGUGCGACGCCUGUUUGUGUUCAGUCGGCCAUCCAAACAUAUAACGGCCUCACUGAUUCCACCACAUGAUCUCAAGUACAAAUCAAUCUUCUUCCUCAAGUGUAAAGCUGGCACCAAGCUAACCAAAGAAAAUAUCGGAAAUGAGGUGUUCUUUGUUGAUUGUACUGAUGUUCCACUUGAACACCUUGAGCUGAUUGUGAGGGAGGUGUACCUGCCUUUAUUGUGUACGAACCAGUCCAAUCUAGCAGCAGCUGGAGGAGACAAAGUGAUGGAUGUGCUGCACAGACUCAUGUCUAUUGUAGAGGUGUCACAAGGCCAUGUAGAGGGCCGAAUCAUCCUGAGUCUGCCGUCUAUAGAAGUACUAGCAGAGGCUGCAGCUACCCCUGCACGCAGAGGCUCGGUACUUCAUGUACUGGAAACUACAGUUCUUGCUUGGAUCAAACAGAUCAAGGGUGUCCUCCGACAUGACCCCAUCGCUGACCUGAUCCACCACUAUGGCCCAGAGCCUGGCCCACUGGACGAAAUAAAGAUGUGGGAGAGACAACUAGGACGCUUACACUCGAUCCUUCGCCAGCUGGAAUCACCAGUAGCCAAGGACAUCCUACAGAACCUUGACCAGGCACAAAGCCAGUAUUCCAGCUCCUUCAACCAUGUCAGGAAGGAUGUGAACAGGGCAGUGACGGAUGUGAACCGGACUCUCAAGUUCCUGAGCACAAUGCAGUGGUUGUUUGAGGAUCUCCACAGCACACUAGAUCCAAGACAGAUGCUCAAACUGUUUCAGCCCCUCAUGCAAGUUCUCUUCCGUGUCUGGCAGAACUCUGUGUACUAUCACCAGAUGGACAAGUUCCACAACAUCCUGCGGAUGCUGUCUAACGAGGUUGUCCACCGCGCCAUUGCCUUGGUUGGUGAGGACAUCCUCAGGGAACCACUUGAGUCGUACUCUAAAUUAAAGGAUGCCCUGCGUGUAUGUGCAGCAUUCCGGGGGACGUAUCUAGAUUACAAGGAUAAGGCAGACGAUCAAAAUGCCAGGAACAUCACAGAGAAUGCUGAGAGAUUGGCGUGCCAACCCCAGGGAACUCUGUUUCUCACUAAGAUGUAUGGUCCGCACGCCUACACACCACGCUACGGUAUGAGACACCAGGACGCUAACUCCAGCAGUAGUUCAAUCAGUGAGGAUGAGUUGUGGACAGACAGUCCGUGGCCUCCACGCAAUGCCCCUUGUUUCGAUCUCCUCAAUAAUUUCAUGGAAAGGUGCAAUGAUGUGUUGGAAUUGGUGGAAACAACACGCCAUUUCCGUCUAUUAGCAGACGCAGCAGAAAUAGGUGGCGCCGGUAGUAUGAGUCUGGAUGCUCUGGUCAAAGAAAUCCAUGCCAAGUACACACACUCAAUGCGCGAGUUUUUCAGUGUUGUUGGGAACGUCCUCAGCAUUGAUGGCACACAGAACUUUGAACGAUCCUUUUUCAAAUUUAGAACAGUAGUAAAGGCAUUAGAGAAGAGACUCUCUGAGAUCCUGCGUCUGUCCUACAACCAGUGUCCAACAGUAGACGCUCAGCUCCGACUCCUUGAAGUGUUUGAGGGUGUCAGUAGUCGCGAGCUGGUUCAGAUCCACCUACGAGACAAGGAUGCCCUGCUGAUCAAGGCGUUCAGUGCCGAGCUCAAUGAUGUACGGCUAAUGUUUGAAGAGAAGCAGCACCACCCACCCAGUCAUGCAAACAUGCCACGGAUCGUGAGCAAACUCAUGUGGAUACAUGGACUCAUCGAACGCAUCAAGCGCCCUAUGGAGAAGAUGAAGCGUGUAAGUCCUCACUCCCUCGAGGGUGACGCGGGCUGGCAGAUGAGGGACAUGUACAACGACUGUCACCGCAUGUUACAGGACUUCCAGAAGACCCUAACGAUCGAGUGGCGAGAAAAUAUCACUGCCGAACUGACUCUUCGUCUCAAGCAGCCACUUCUGAUAGCGGAGGAGUUUGAUGAGGAUGUGGAGGUCCGCCCCCAAGUCAUCCAUGUUAACCUCGACUCACAAUUAUUACGAAUACUUCGGGAGAUUAGCUAUCUCAGCCAACAGCCAUUCAACAUUCAGCUGCCAUCUGCAGCUAAGGAACUUGUGCGUAACACCAACGCGUUUGAGCUGCGUGUAACAGCGACACGCCUGGAGACCAUCGUGUCUAAGUACAACACUAUCAUGAGGACUAUCACAGAGUUUGAGAAGCCGCUGUUUGAGAGGAAACUUGCUAAAACUGACACUCUGUUCGAGCAGGGUCUCCAGCAGUACACCUGGAAGAUGAAGGAGUCAGCCGACUUUAUUGAGCAGGCAAUGGCCCUGGUUUGUCUGGACGUCCAUCAGAACCUGGAUACUGUCCAGACCAAUUGUCAUGAGAUCGCAGAGAUCACGAUCUCCUGGUCAGCAGGAACUCUAGAUGUGUUCUCUGGCCGAACUGUGGACACCUCCUACUCCAUGGAAGAACUGCUAGAAAUGCAAAAAAAUCUGACAGAGGACCAUGAAGCCCUCGUGCUGCCCUCUGGGAACAAGAUCCACGCCCUUGUCCAAGUGUCUUUUGAGGCAGUACAGAUCAGCCAGGCCUCCCCCGCCUGGGUAGAUUACAUUGACUACAUUGAUGCCAUUGUGCUGGACGGUCUAAAGCAUGCCACUCUAGCCAGUCUCAAGUCUAUGCUCAACAACUUGGUUCAAGCCAACAUGGAUGAGGACAACAUAAUUAUGCCAAUACUGACCAUUCGCCUGGAGCUCAUUGACAACAGGGUAGCGUUUAGGCCCCCACUGGACCAGUCCUCAUCAGUCAUCAGUGUCCAGGAACUUGUCCAGAAAUGGUUGGAUGGCUAUCUGGCCAGGGGAAAACUUGUCAAAAUGUUGGGACCAAAAGGUACCUAUCAGGAUUACAUCUCGGCAGACGAGGAAGUGAAACAGCUGUUGGAGGACAUCAGUUCCAUGGUGGACGAUAACAGUGAGGAGUGCAAGAAACUGAUAGAGAUAUUUGGAGAUUAUGCAUUUUUGUGGCUACAAGAUGUGAAUAUGACAUUUGAGGAAUUUCUGUGUGGGAAACUGUCGCCAAACCCUCUCCGGAGCCCCAACAGGACUAUGGCAGGAAACAUCCGGCAAAUGGCAUCAGAGAGGUCAAGGUCAAGGAGUUCCUCAAGAGCUUCGUCCACAAGUAGCAUUAACUCAGCUGGUCUGAUGGGGACUGCAGAGCGGACAUUCCUCACCCCGAAAAACCUGACAGAGGAGGCAGACACCGGCAUCCCAAGUCUGGAUGAGUUUGAUUCUGAGAUAGAGAUUUACAGGACGGCACGUGAUGAAAUCCAGAGCCUGGAGGACUUCCACAACGUGGGUUGGCUACGUGUCGACCUGCAGCCAAUCAAACAGGUCCUUACUACUUAUGCCAGCAAGUGGAUGUGGACAUACACCAAGUAUCUGUCUGACCAGGUGAGCCACAUGCUAGGGAAACUGGACCUGUUUCUGAAGAGGAUUGAACCAGAGAUUGAAAGUAUCACUGGAGAGGAGAGAGACACCGCUUCCUUCAUGAAAAUGAUGAGGCUUUUUAAUGAGGUGUCAGCCCAGCAGUCUGAGAUGGAUGGAAAGUUUACAGCCAUGCACCGAACAGUGCUCCUCUUGAAGAAGUAUGGACAGAAGCUGCCAGAGCGGACACAGCAGCUCUUUAAUGCUGCCCCUGGUCGCUGGAAUAACCUCAAAACCAAGGUGUCUCUUGCAAAACAGAGGCUUGGGCCACGCAUACAGGAGGAAUCAGUUAGAAUCACUCAGGACCUUGAAGCGUUUGGUAAUCGUGUGUCAGCACUGUACCAGGAGCUGGAGAACUCGGAUGUGUACCAGCGCGACUGUAUCAUUGGGGAUGCUUGGGUUAUCAUAGAUAAUUUUGCUAAACGGCUGACAGUGCUGGAGAACGAGGCCCAGGAUCUCAUUGAACUACAGGAACUAUUGGAGACUUCUGUUGUCAACUUUGCCAUCCUUCCACAAUGUCGUCAUGAGCUGAACAACCUAAAACAGGUGUGGGAGACAGUCAGAGUUAUAGAUGAGCAGCAAGCUGAGUGGAAACGACAUCGAUGGCAGAAGAUGAACACCAAGUUUUUGCGGGAGGAAAGCAACAAACAAUUAGAUAUUGUCCGUGCCCUGCCAGAGGACAUCUUCACCUGGGACGUUUACAUGGGACUGCACGAGUCGAUCACCACCGUUCAGACUUGUCUACCCUUGAUUGAUGAUCUGUCUAAUCCGGCAAUGCGAACACGUCACUGGAAACAGCUGGUGCGUGUGACAGGUGGCGCCCUCACCAUCGACAAUGACACUCUCAAGAGGAUGACUCUUGGGGAACUGCUCAGCCUUGGUCUUCAGAAACAUGUGGAUGAUGUAAGGGUGAUCGUACAGAAGGCAGUGAAGGACUUAUCUAUUGAACAGUCCCUUAAGACUUACGAUGAGAUCUGGCUAAGUAAGAUCUUUGAGUCGCGCCUCCACACACGUAGUCGUCUGGAGCAGCAGUAUAUCAGCCAGGAUGCCCAUAGUGAGUCCCAGAGUGAGGGUGGACACUCCCUACAAUAUGUCGCCAUCCCCAGUCGCAGCCAGGCACGCACCACCAGCCGGAUAUCCAACCAGAGCUCACACAGCAAAAACAAGAGAAGCAGCAUUGCCUCCCUUCCCGCCUCCCUUCUCAACUUGGGAGAGGACUACGGCACAUUGAGUCUCCUCACCAACACAGACCCCAUCUUCCAGGAACUGGAGCACCACCAGGUGUCACUACAGGCCAUGCAGGCAAACAGUGCGGCUGGCUCCUUUCUUGAUGACGUCCUCAAGUGGCAAAAAAAAUUGCAGACAAUUGAGGCUGUGCUUACAACAUGGUUGGAUGUCCAGGAAAAAUGGGUGGAACUGGAAGAGGUUUUCUCUGGUGCAGAUGUGCGAACUUCCUUAUCCCACGAUGCCAAUCGGUUCGCUGUGGUAAACAGAGACUUCCGUCUCCUCAUGCGCGCCACAGAGAAAAACCCUAAUGUUCUACAGUGUUGCUCCAGAAAAAACAUUUUGUCUAUCCUGGAACACAUGAACCACAGCCUGGAAAGUUGUCGCCGAUCCCUCCUCAACCACCUGGAGCGACGCAGACAGAUCUUCCCGAGGUUCUACUUCCUGUCUAUGGAGGAUGUACUCCACCUUGUUUGUAAUGGAUAUGACCUGAAGCAGGUGAACCUGUUCAUCAGUAAGGUGUUUGAAAAUGUCGGCAGUCUGGUAUAUGAAGAGGUGGAGGACAAUGAGAAAUACAGCUUCAUGAUCACCGGUGUACUAAGUACACUCGGAGAACGACUUGACUUCCUACAGCCUGUAACAUGUGAGGGACAAAUUGAGACCUGGCUCACCAGCUUCAUUCUUGGUCUGAAGAAUGCUUUACAGUUCCAAAUGGCCACAGCUAUGGGUGUGGAGAAACCCAAACCACGUACCAGGACAAUACGGAGUGCAGGGUCACGCAAGGUCACAGUAGCUGCCCGUGCCUCCAGCUCAAUGAGUAAAGGCAAAGUGACAUUUGGGAAGAAAGAAAAGAAAGAGGUGGGCAGUAGAACAAGUAGUCGGGGUGCCAAGCGUGAAACCAAGGAAAGCAUGAGUCGCGCAUCGUCAGUGGCGGACCAGCUCCUCACCGAAACUGACAGAGGAGACAACCACAAGUCAUGGACACUGGAUCACGUGACAGAAAUUGUGUACCUAGCCACACGAGUUCAGAUGACAGAGAGGAUAGAGUGUGCGCUGAAGGAGUUAGAAGACGGCAAAAAGGACAGUGUUCAGAGUGCUUUACAGAAAGUCAAUCAGAGCAUUCAGGCAACAACUGUCCUACUGAAGGGGCUGGAGGGUGAGCGGGAAUCCAAGGGUCGUAACGAGGUCAGCGAAGGAGUUCACUCUGUAAAGGAGGGUGACAAAGAGGAGUUGUCAGAGUCAGCAUCGGUCGCGGGAGCCCGCAGUAGCUAUGCAGCGUCGUUAACUGGCGCGUCACGUAAGGGGUCAACCUUAGAUGUAGGUGGCGGUGAGACAGCGCGGACACCCAUCCCUGAGGAGGAGGGGUCCACUAAAGGGGAUGAACAGUCCUCCCUCAUGGAGCCUCAGACUCUGGAGCCGGUAGAUACAAUGAACAUCCUAGCGGCCCCACCCAUCACUACGUACAGCAAGAAAGAAGAGUCCAAGGAGGAGGCCUCACCAGGCGAAGCUGCAGAGAUGAAGCUGAUGCUGUUCCCCAGUCAGAUACAGAAGCUUACCUCCCUUCUUGCCCUUCUGGCACAUGUACGGGACUUCCUGGAGAGGAUGAUUGAGGCUGAUGACACCGCCGCGCUGUCAGGGUUUGAGUGGCGCUCACACCUCCGCUUCUACUUCAGUAAGGACAACAGAGCUGUCAGCAUCAAAACACUUGACUCCCAGUUUGACUAUGGUUACGAGUACAUUGGCUCCAGUCCAAGAGAAGUAAUCACUCCACUAACAGAACGGGUGUUUGUGUCCCUCACACAGACAGUCAAGGCUCACAUGGGUGCUAUGUGUGUCGGACCAAUGGAUAGUGGGAAGUUUGAACUUGUCCAUGAGCUGGCCCGAUGCCUUGGCUAUCCCCUGUACAAGUUCAACUGUACAUCCACCAUGGAUUACAUGCAGCUCCAAGAUAUAUUCCGAGGCAUGGCAUCAACAGGCUGCUGGGUGUGCUUCAACAACAUCAGUCACCUCACGCCUGCCGUUCUCAGUGUGUACGCCCAACUCAUCUCCUCAGUGAUGGGAGCCCUCAGAGCAGGCAAGGCAGCGGUGCACCUCCAGUCUGAUGACAUUCAGCUGAACGCUGCAGGGGCUUGCUUCGCCCUCACUGACAGCGCAGUACAGGUACAUCCAGGAAACCCAGAGAAGUUGCUGCUCUACUCCUCGUCCACAGCAGCCAUCCCUGACUAUAUCAUGGUCCAGUUCCGUACAAUCUCUGUUCUCCAACCUGACCUUCACCUUGCCCUAGAGGUCAUGCUAUCCAGCCAAGGCUUCAUAUCAGCCCGUGUGCUGGCCAAGAAGACAAUGACACUGUAUGACUUGUGCAGAAAACUGUUAGGAACCAAUGUGUUUAUCACAGAAAAUGUUACCCUGGGCUCAGACGUAAACCAUGGACGUGGGGGCUGGAGUAUGAAGACCCUGAAGGGCCUAGUUUCUGAGGCAGGCGCAUACAUGGAGAAAUCUAGCGAACAGGAAAAAGAGGAUCAAGUUGAAAAACAAGACCAAGAAAAUGUUGAAAAAGGUGAUGAAGUGAUCUCUGAGGCGAAACUCAUGCUUGAGGAGAAGUCUCUGGUGCUGGCUAUCAGAGACACAUUCCUACCUCGGAUGAAGGGACGAGAUGCUAGUGUUUUUGGGACACUUGUAGUGGACACCUGGCCAAACAUCGACAUCCCCAUGGUGUUUGGUGGGGAGGAGGAUAUGUUACCUAAACCACCCCAGUCUCGUGUCAGUUCUGGUAAAGGGACAUCCUCCCGGGCUAAGACUGCCAAAAGUCAGGACUCUAUGAGAUCUCUCAAAGGGUUUUGUUAUGAAUUUAAACUGCUAGAUUCUAUCAACCUAAACACUCCAGUAGUGACCAUGGCUCAUGCCUCCGCACAACGCUUCCAAGCACUCAGUGACCCCAACCAAAACCAGGUCCUGGAUGACAUGCAUGACGCUAUUGCCGUGGCUACUAGUGAACUCGGACUGUUGCCAGGGGUUGCCUUCCAAUCACGAGUGGCUCAGUUAGCUCAGCUCAACGCAGCUCACCAGGCUAUAUUUGUGGUUGGGCCCCCCGGCUGUGGUAAAAGUGAGUGUAUAAAGACUUUUGCGGUGGCGGAACGAGAACGAGGCAAGACCAUCAGUGUACACACGAUGUUUACCAAAGCAGUCGAGUCUGAGGAACUGAUGGGGUACUGGGACCCAAAAUCAAAAGAAUGGAAGGAUGGUCUGUUUGCCUCCCUCUUAAGGAAGCUCUGCAUCCAGCCCCCAAAUAUGAACUAUGAUUUCAACAGUAAACCUUCCAUGAAAAUUGUCCAGCUGGACGGAGAGGCUGACGUAGGACAGAUGGAGUUACUAAGCGCUUUUCUCAACAAUGAUGGAUCUGUUGUCCUUGGCAACAAUGAAAGAAUGGUCAUUCCAGACACAACACGUUUCUUCUGGGAGUUGGAGACGGUGGGGAACAUGAGCCCGGCUCUGCUGGCUAAUGUUGCCAUCCUCAACAUGUCUGUGCUAGAUGUUGGCUGGAAGCUGCUGCUGGUCCAGUGGCUGGAGCGACGGCCAGAGGCUGACCGUGAGUUGCUGUCAGACUUCUGUGACGUUUACAUUCAGAAGACAGUUGACUACCUGACAGAGUGCUGCCAACCUCACAUGCUGGGGGGAGCGAAGCGUUGCGGGCCCCAGUAUAAACGUGUGAUACCACACUCCACAGAGAACAUGAUCUCCACAUUCUGUACACUGCUCGAGGCUCUUGUCCACUCCAAUCCUGACCUCAGUGAUCUUGAGUAUGAGCGUUACUUCAACUUUGCAAUCAUCUGGGCAUUUGCUGGAACAUUGGAGAUAGAAUACAGGGAGAACUUCAGUCAGUGGUGGAAAGUGGAGUUCAACCAGCACAUAGAGUACCCAGAAGAGGGCACGGUGUUUGACUACUAUGUGGACAGUGAGAGCCAUGAGUUUACACGCUGGUGUGACAGUAUUACUAACUACAGUGGUGACCCUCACUCCGGUAUCUCUUCAGAGGCCUUUGUACACACAGUACCAAUAGAGCAACUGAUGUACCUGUUGGGUACGCUGUCUGACUACGGUAAACCUGUGGUGUUGGUGGGUGAGAAUGGCUGUGGUAAGACAGCCAUCAUCAAUGAGAGGAUUCGCACAGUUUGUUCAGGAGAGGUCGCUGAGGUCCUCUCUCUUACAGUACAGGCUAACAGGUUCACCAAUGCCCGUCUGUUGUAUGACCGUCUGGACGGACGGCUUGAAUGGAAACAUGGCCGCACAUAUGUCCCCAAGGGCAACAAGCGCCUCCUAUGUCUGGUUGAUGACAUCAACCUAUCCCAGGUUGACAAGUACGGCCACCAGACUGCUAUAGAGUUGGUCAGGGAACACAUCGACGACGGAGGCUUUUACAACCAGGAUUCACACGCUUGGCGCUAUGUCAAGAAUGUGACAUAUGUCAGCACCAUCAACCCACAUACGACGGCCAAUGUACCCGCCAUCAGCCAGCGCUUUCUGCGACACUUUGCUGUGUUUGGCUGUCCCUACCCCACCAGCUCCGACCUGCAGACGAUCUUCUCGACCCUCCUUCACACACACUUCAUCACCCCAGAGACGUCCAGUGGUGCCAACCUUGCCGGGGGACAUCAUGGCCAUGAUGAGAAGGCCCAGACCCUACAGAGGGAGGAGGAGGAUGCCAUGAGGAGGCUGCUGUCGCUGAUUGUACAGGUUAACGUGGAGCUCCAGGACAGACUGCGCUCCAUGUUUCUACCGACUGCCCAGCGAUGUCACUACAUCUUCACUGUCAGAGACCUGUCCACCAUAUUUAAGAAUCUCUGUUUGUCCCUACAACCUGGUUGCUCUAAGAAGAAUGUACUGUUACUGUGGCAACAUGAGACGUUCUGGGUAUAUGGCCAUCGUAUGGUGCUGGAUGUUGAUUUCCGGCGAUUCAAACAGGCGUUCUCAACAGCUGUCAAAAAGGAGUUUACAGCAGAUGAAUACAUCCAGCUACUCAUUAAGACGCGGCGUCCUUUGUUCAGUAACCUGAUAGAACAGGACAGUGGAGUGGUCACCGCUGGUAUGAUAGACAUGCGCCACAGCUCUCAGGUGUCCGAGGAGGACGCACGCACAGAUCUUUACAAACCUAUAUACAUUCAGACUGAAGCCAAGGCUCUGAUGGAGCGAGGUGUGGAGGAGUACAACAAAAUACACCCUCGCAUCAAAUUAGCCCUGUACAAGUCAGUUGUUGAGCAGGUGUGUCGCAUUGCGCGUACGAUCGCCUCCCCCCAUGAGAGUGCCCAUAUUGUACUGAAUGCAGAGGGUUGCCCGGGGCGCUGUACUGUCAUUGUGAAGCUGGCUGCCCACCUGUGUGGCUACACUGUACACCAGAUCAACCCCUCCUCUAUGGGCGCCACAGCAGAGUAUAAGAUGGAUCAAUUCAAGGCCGACCUCGUGCAAGGUUACACCCGUGCUGGGUCAAAGGUGAACAGCUCCAGCUCUGGUGAAAAGAUCCUUUUACUGCUGCAUGAGGAGGAACUGCUAGAGGAGGACUUCCUCGUCUACCUCAUCGAGUUCAUCGUAGGGGGCUCCAUCAGUCAUCUGUUUACAUAUGAGGAGCAGACAACUAUCAUCAACUCCAUCAGAACGGAGGUGACACAGGCAGGACUUACUUAUACUAGGGACACUGCCUGGAACUUCUUCCUACAGACUGUGAGGAACAACUUCCGUAUCUGCCUGAUCUCUAGCGACAGUGGUAAAAUGUUCCAGCGACGAUGCCGAGAGUACCCAGCAUUCACCAAGAGUGUAAACUUUAUCUGGCUACCUCAUUGGUCCAAACUACAGCUGGUGGAACACGCCCUCUACCACCUCAAAGAUGUGACCUGGAUGACAGACAUACAAAGAGAAAACAUUGCUCACAUGCUAGCGUCCAUGCACUUGGUGCUUCGUCAGCAGGAUGGCCAGGAAAAGGACUCUGGCGAGUAUCGUCAUAUUACCAACACAACCUACGAAAAGUUUGUAGAGAGGUAUAUUUCCCUAGCUAGCACCAAACACAAGGAGGUGAACGAAGUGCAUGAAGCUGUGACUAGUUCACUUAACCAGAUACGACGGGAAAAUGAGGUUGCUAUCAAACUCCGCAAACAACAGGAGCACGAAAUGAUUGUCCUGGAGGAGAGGAAGGCUGGCACUAUCAAGAUUCUGUCACAGAUUGGUCAGGACACAGCCAUCACAGAACAGCAGAUCAAGGUUGUCAAGGCCCAGCUCGACAAAAUCUCUAAACUCAAGAAGUUACUACCAGAGUACCAGGUGGCCCACGAGCGAGCUGUGUACAAGGCCAUCGCCAUUGUGGCUGACACCAAGAAAGUUGUUCAAAGCAUGAACAGUGAGAAACUGGCCGAGCUUCGAGGCAUGAACAAACCUAUCAUAGAUAUAGAGGACCUGAUGACAGCAGUUAUCAUGAUUUUAAAGACACCCUCUGCUGAUCUAACAUGGCAGAAGGGAGCUAAACGUCAGAUGGCUAACCUUGAGAGGUUUAUUGAGGAGCUUACAUCAUUUGACGACAACCAGUUGGCUGAGUCAACAUUGAACCUGGUCGAGCCAUAUCUUAAAAAGCCUUCGUUUGACCCAGACACUCUCGAGAGAAAGACUGGCAACUCGGCAUGUGGUUCUCUGUGUAAAUGGGUUCGAGGAGUUGUCAGGUAUCAUCGUAUGAUGAUUUCCAAGGUCAAACCUCUCCAUCAGAAAGUGGAGGAGACAACUCAGGCUGUUGACGAUGCAGAACAUAAAAUGGCGACUUUGGAGAACAAACGCAAGGGUUUGGAUGUGAGGCUGGAUGAUCUGGCCAAAGGGUUUGAGGAAGCAACGAUUGACAAAAACGAACAAGAUGAGAAGACUGUGAGAAUGAAGAAGAUGCUGGAAACAGCAGCCCAGCUGAGACGGACCCUGAAGGGUGAGCGUCAGAGAUGUCAGCAGAUCUUUGACUCGUAUGAGCGACGUAUUAUGUCUGUGCCGGGGGGAUGUGCAAUGGCUGGGGCACUGGCCAUCUACCUGGGACCUUACCACCACAACUUCCGCCGCAUGAUGCUGACCGUUCACUGGCCUAACUGUCUGCGUGAGCGUGGUGUACCUCUCGUCAUCGACUCCAUCGAUGGGCUGAAAGGCCGAGUGAUUGACUGGUCCAUCGACUUCCUGAAGACAGCAGCAGGAGCAAGCACUGUUUAUGAUAUCGACUACACCUCGGCUCUGAUGGGACCAACGGACAUUGAGGACCAGCCAGUGACUGAUCGUUCUGUCAAGACAAACAGCAGGGAAAGCGCCAAGGAUACACAGGAGAGAAAGGAGGAGGAAACUGAUAACAAGGAAAAACAAACAGAAGAGGACAAAGAAGAAAAGGAAGAGGAAAAGAUGGAUGAAGAGAAGGAUGUAAAUGAGAAAGAAGAAAAGAGUUUGGAGGAAAAAGAGAAAGAUGAGUCCAAUGAAAAGAAAGAGGAAGGCAGUGAAGUAAAGGAGGAAUCACAGGAAGAGAAGAAAGAAGAGGAAGAGAAAGAGAAAACCUUGCCAACUACGGAGAAGACAUCACUCACUGGGCGUGAGGAGGCGGGGCUAGAGAGGAUCCAGGAGGAAGGUGACGAGGAUAAUGACAGUCAGGUGACCUCGUCCUCUGCACCCCUCCUCACCUCCACCCAAUACAACAAGUAUGUUGUCUCCCUCGUCAAGUUGCUGGUAGGGGAGAGAACUCUCAACGACUGGCUUCGCAAAGAUUUUGGACCCAGACAGAUUGAGAAUGCUGCCAUCCUGAGUUCCUCCUGGCAACGCCCCCCCAUGUUAAUUGACCCCAAUGGUGAAGGCGCCAUGUGGCUCGGCAGACUCAACAAACUCAUGAAUAAAAAGAAGCUUGUCUCUCUAGAUAUGGAUACAAGAUGUUGGCACAGCAAGACCAUACAAGGGACUGACCCACACGUGAUUAUGACCCUGGAGAAGGCAAUCAUGCGAGGUAAACCUGUGUUGCUGAGUAACUGUGAGGAACACAUCGACAACAUCAUCACCCCACUCAUGCAUCACCGCAACACUGCAAACGAGGACGACCGCGACGAAGAGCCCCGGAUGAUUAGGUUCUGUGGCCGCCGCGUUCUCUGUCACCAGGACUUCAGGUUCUAUCUGUCUGCACCACUUGCAAAACCCAAAUUUAACCCAGAGAUCGCAUCUGGCACCACCCUCAUAAACUUUGGUGUGUCACAUGACACGUUGACCGAGGAUCUGUUGACACGUGCGUUUGCCCGGAUGCGGCCCAAGCUGUUCAAGGAGCGCAUGUUAGCAUUAAAAAACAUGCAGUUGCAGCGUGACACACUGCUGCGACUGUCAGAAAUUGUCAAGGACCGCAUUCUCACUCAACAGGAGGCCAUGUUGGGUAGUGCCAAGGCCCUCAAGUUCAUUACUGACAUCACCAAUGCCAAGAUGGAGUUGGCCAAUCAACUAACAGAGACUCAGACGCUGCUCACAGACCUUGAUGACCUUAAAGAUGAGUUGUUCCCCUUGGCUCGGAGGGCAGCCAUGUUGUAUGCAAUCUUGCGUUCUCUACAGAGUAUCCAUAAUGAGUACCAGUUUACUCUGCGCUACUUUGUGAAGCUGUUUGAUGAGGCUGUUGGAGGGGAAGUGCCCCAAGAAUUCUGGGAGGAUGACAUUGAUGGCGGCUACGAGGAUGCUGAUGACCAAAGUAGUGUGGAUAUAGAGAAGAAACGUCGAACAGGGAGUACAUCAUCUCAUGCUUCCAAGGACAGCGCUACAGCUGGGGCUCCAACCACAGAGAAACCGUCAAAAUCAGAAAAGGAUCGCGCCGAGGGCGAGUAUGAGGCAGACUUUGAGGGUGGCAGUCAUGUACAGAGUCAGCAGCAAGCUACCACAGAGGGUGAUGAAUCAGCCAGCACUGCAGCGGCCCAGAAGCUGAUUGCAGGGUCUGAGUCAGAGGAGCUACCUCCCCUGGAGAUUCCAGAGACCACCACAUUGCCUACCGAGGGGGUGGAAUAUGACAAUCUAUCAGCCAAUGAAAUCAAAAAGAUCAUGGACCAGCUAACUGGACUGGUGUACAGACGAAUCAGAGAGAGCUUGUAUGGAGAGGACUGUCUGCUGUUUACUACCCUGCUAACACUCAACAUACAGGCAGAGGGGAUGGAGAACUUCUCCAAUGAGGAAAUGUCGUUGCUUCUUCAAGGUAAUCCUGGACUGGGCAUGCAGCUGACCCUGGAGGACUUUGACUGUAAGGACAGCCCCCCGGAGUGGAUGCCUCAGGAGAAAUGGGAGGACAUGAUGGCUCUGUCUGUCCUUCCUGGACCACUGGACAGCCUCUGUAUCAACUUCGCCCAGAACUCAGAAGGCUGGCAUGCCUGGUACAAGGCAAACCAUCCAGAGAAGGAAGCUCUCCCUCUGACGCCUGUGGAGGGCGAGGCUUCCAUAGAGAAUCGGCCUGGAUCUAGUGGUAGUAAGAACAGUCGUGGUGAGGGCUCCAAGUCUCCAGACCUUGGUCCCUUAUCUGACUUCCAUCAGCUGUUAUUGCUGAGGAUGCUUCGGCCUGAUCGCCUCCCUAUUGCCCUUGUCCGCUAUGUCAACAAACACCUGACCUUUAACCUCCCAAACCAAUCAGACUUCAAUAUACAAGAUGUCCUGAAGGAUGCCAAGCGCCACCUGGGUGUGCUGCUUUUACUGCCACCUAGUGCCACCAACGGGACAAAGAAUCCCUCGUCACGUCUCAGUCUGACUCACCCUCCUGUCGAUGUGCUCACUCGGAUGGCUGAGUCUGUUGGAGCCAAGGUUGAGCAUGUACGUGUGGGUGAGGGUUGUGAGAUCAUGGUGGAUGAAGCAAUUGAUUCCGCAGAGAAGAAUGAUGGCUGGGUCAUCAUUGAGGACCUCCAUCUGUCCCCAAAAGGUUUCUUCAAUGAGCUUAAGAAACACCUGGUCCGUAUGGCCAGGGCUAGGGAUAACAACAAGGAGGAGAACAAAGGGGAGAGUCAGUUCUGUGUGUGGGUCACCUCUGAACCAUGUGACCAGAUUCCUGAUUUCCUGUUACGUAACCUACACAAACUGGCCUGGAACCACAUGACGAUGGAUGUUGUAAACAAUGAACUGUCACCUCCACAGAAGGCUGAUGAUGCUGACAUUGGAGGGGGGCCAUUUAAACUUACCUACAGGUCACCUCAUACUUACCUACACACAGCAAUUGUAAGCACACUAAAACAAGUAGACAGUACGACCAUGGCAAAAGUGAUGUCAGAACCACAGAUCAUCCGUACAAUGGCAUUCGGUGUAGGGGUGGUUCAGGGUAUGUUGGUUGCCCGGCAACUGUUUGGAACACAGGGCCUGAACCAGUGGUACCCCUUCAAUUCUGUACAAAUGGAACAGUCUAUAGAUGCUCUCACUGGCCGACUCCUGAAAGGGACAGAAGAAGCAGAACCCAAACUGGAGGAGAUCACCAACCUGUUCACCGAGCUGGUGUACAAGAACUGUGUGUACACGGAGAGUGACAAGACAUAUGUGGAGGCUGUCAUCAGACAAGUACUGACAAACAUUUACCAAGACACGUCCGGUCAACUCAUCCUCGGCGGCGUGGCUAUCCCCACACCUCCGGCCAAUGUUGACUCAAGUGAAUUUGGUAAAUGGUAUGCCAAGAAUGUGGAUGAUGAUUUCACCAUUCCUGCUCUCCAGCUACACAGCAGUGUAGAACGGGAGGUCAACGAGGCUAAUUCUCUAGUGUUUAUUGAACACUUGGACCACAUGUUUGAGACACAGAACAUGGAAGCUGGUGAUGUUUCCCGGUCUACCAAACAUAACAUCAACAUCAUGAAGCUGCGUUCCUCACUUGAUCUUUGUGUGGAAGAGUUACCCAACUUGUUGGAGCUCGGCAGUGUUCCAGAAAUCCUCAGUAAUGACUUUGACUUUCCAUAUCACCGCCCAAGUUUGAUCAGCCUAGCCACCAACAGUAGUACACAGAUGCCUGAAACCAUCGGCUACUGUCUCCUACAGGAAUGUCUUUGGCUGAACUCAGUGCUAUGCCACAUUCGACAACAGAUUGCUGAUCUGCAGGGCUCCCUGCUGGGAGGUCCCGAGGCCCUUGCCUGGGCCUUACUGCCAACUGUGUACAGUCUACAGGAAGAGCAUGUCCCUGUGUCCUGGGUACACCCCAACUGUCAGCCUUGUACUCACUCACUCCUGUCUUGGCUUGAACACACAAAGAAAUGUCAUGAACAGCUACACAACUGGGUGAAACAUGGCAUGGUUCCAACUUUCAAGGACAACACUCUGGCAGAGAACCCAGUCAUUGCUCACGGCUCAUUGUCCAGUGUGUGGCUUGGUGGACUCGUCAACCCAAUAGCCCUAUUGACCUCCUACAUGCAGGAAAAGGCCAUUGUUAGCAAAUGUAGCAUAGCUGAGAUUUCAUUUGAGUGUGUGGUCAUGGAUGAGAUCAACAUCAAGGAUUAUGACAUUGAUGAGGGGGGCCUAUUUAUCACUGAGAUCAACCUUCAAGGCGCUAGCUGGAACUACGACCUCGACUCCCUCGCUGAGGCCAAGUCGGCCCUGUACAGUAUUCCCUGUAUAUACCUGCGACCUAAAUCCAAAGCAGAGCUGACCACCAGGGACAAGGUCACAUACUACCCCUGCCCUGUCUACAUGAACAAGAGUCGACAAGUCCUAACCACAACCUUUGACCUCAACUGUACCACACCAGUGGACAACUGGAGACUGUCCAGAGUUGCACUUGUCCUUGACCCUGGUCUACCAGAGGAUGGGGUGAGGAAAUCACGGUCCUAUUUGAUGCUUACAAGAGCUCCCCAGAUGAUAACAAUGGAGGAGGAGGAGGAGGAGUCAGAGCUUGCUUCUGAGGAGGAGGAAGAGUUCAUCAGGCUUGGUGAUGAAACAACUACAGACAUUGACCAAUCUGAACAGUCAACACAACUCUCAUACCGACCUAUGACCCCCAAGGCUCCUCCCCUUCCUGCUGGACUAGGACUUCGCAAAGAACCUUUAAUGGUCGAGGAAGAAGAGGAAGACCUAGAAACUGAAAGGAGUGGGGAACAGAAAAGUGAGGGAAAAUUUUCAACCAAGACUGGAGGGUCAACACCAAGAAAGUCUGAGAGAAGUACUCCCAAGACAGGAGCCAAUACACCCAAAGGUAGUGUAAAAUCAAAGAGGUCUCCUGUUGGGUCUCCGCGAGAACAAGUCGUUACCAAAUCACCCGCCCUAUCACAAGGCAGUAACACUGGCAGAAAGACACCAGGGUCCAAACCUGUAUCGCGUCAACUCUCUCAUCGUACAUCACAGGAACUGGAAGUCGUAGAGCAGAGCAGUCGACCAAGAUCUGAACAUGAAGAUCCUGUCACACAAAUGGAAAUAGAGGAUGAGACAACACAUCCUGACCCCAACGAGGUCAGGAGUCAAAGGUCAGACAGUAUCAAGGAGGGGGCUGUGACAUCUGAUGCCAAGAAUGAAGCAGAUGAGACAGAGCAACAGUCAUUAUCCAAGGCUCCUUCAAAGGAAAGUGUUAAUAAAUCUGACAAAUUAUCAAAGGCUGAUUCUAAGGAAAGUGUGAAUAAAUCUGACAAAUUGUCUAAAGGUGCCUCAAGAGAAAGCAUUAAUAAAGUAGGCACACUGUCUAAAGGAGCUUCUAAGGAAAGCAUUAAUAAAGUAGGCACAAUGUCCAAGGGCGCUUCUAUGGAAAGCGUGAACAAAAGUACUGGUCAGGCUGAGGCUGGUCAAAGGUCACAGCCAGGCAGCAGACGACCUUCAAAUACAUCACAAAGGUCACAAGCUAGCCCAGCAAACCAAAGUCAAGGUCAGAGGCAGCCAUCACGAGGAUCACAGAGGUCCAACGACCCUUAGACCUGGAGAAAGAGUGUGUCACUUCAAUAACUAAGAUGUUGUUAGGUCCUUAAUCCGUCCACAUGUGCUAAACCAUCCAUUAUCUGUCCAGUAUUACAGUUGUAUAUUUACAUACAGCAUUCCUAUUUAUUAAAGUUUCAUUUCUGUGAUAUUCUCUGGUGUAAUUGUAUACACAAAGUUCAUUAUACUGCUGAAGUUUUGUACUGAUAAUAAUGUUAGUUUGAUGUUUGAUAUUUACUGAUGUACUGCUGGAGAUACCGAGUCUGUUGUUUAUUGUAAACUUCAACCUGGUGGAUCAGUCUGGUUUAUUAUACAAUAGUCGUCACCCUUUGAAAUAUUUGAAGACUGUUUUAUAUUUAUUGUGCAAGAAGAUUCAACUGAACAUUUUCAUUUCGCCAUCCAUCAUUUUCAAUAGGUCAUUUCUUUCAUUCUAUAAUUAUUUUGUGAUAUACAUAUUGACAUAUAUUGACAAAGAAUAAAAUAAAAUACAAGAGGGGAAACUGAAUCUUUGCAAGUGCCUGUAUACUUACUAUUAUUAAGUAUAAACUUACAUUAAUUUUAACACAUAGAUUUAUAAAUUAAAAUGUUUUGAUUGCCUUCCCAGUUAAACGUUAAUGACAAAAGUGCUGAGCUUAAGGACUACUUAUUAUUAUUUAUAGUAACAUUUUUUGUUUAUUUUUGAAAAAAAAAAAAAAAAAAAAUUUCCUGUUCAAGUGUUAUGUUUUGGUGCCUCGAGCACGUUUCACCGUCUGGCUGGUAUAAGUGUUAGGCACUGCAGCACGUUUCACCGUCUGGCUGGUAUAAGUGUUAGGCACUGCUUUGUAAACAAUUGUAAGCUUUAUACAUUUUUCAAAAUCUUGAAAAUGUUGAAUUCAAAUUAUUAUAUUUAUGAGUAAAUAAGGGUAUAAACGUAUACACUUCUGUUUUAACAGUUAACUCUCCCGGUCAGAGCUUUAUUCUCUGGUAUGUUAAUAUAUCUACAACAGCUGUAGGCUAGGGCGCUGUUAACUCUCCCGGUCAGAGCUUUAUUCUCUGGUUUGUUAAUACAUCUACAACAGCUGUAUGCUAGGGCGCUGUUAACUCUCCCGGUCAGACCUUUAUUCUCUGGUAUGUUAAUAUAUCUACAACAACUGUACGCUGUUAACUCUCCCGGUCAGAGCUUUUUUCUCUGGUAUGUUAAUAUAUCUACAACAACUGUACGCUGUUAACUCUCCCGGUCAGAGCUUUUU